CAAGAAACGAGGGUGAACGCAGACCCCAUCACUCCAUCCGUCAAAAUUCAAACAAAACUUUGGGAAACCUUACUGGAGGGGCUGGAAAAAUGGUUGUCGGUCUGAUUGUGAAAGCUGGGAUUGUAUAUGCCGUGAUCGUGGCCACUAGGAACUAUGGCGUUUGGGGCUCCCCGGAUGACACGCAGGAGGUGUAUGUGGAUGCGCGGGAUCAGAUCGAGCCGUACGCGGAUCAGGCUCGUCGCAAGCUCAAAAUGUGUCCGCCCAGGCCACCACCUCAGGGCCAGUGGGCUUUCUUCGGCGUCCAUUACUACAAUCAGUUUGUAAAGGCGGUUUUCGACGUCUUGAGUCUGGUUCCCUAUGGGCUGGCAGCCGUUUUCGAGAAGAUACCCUUCUACCUUCAGGCCAUUAGGGAAAGCAUUCGCAAGUAUCAGGAGCAGAAAAAGAAGGAGAUCAAGAUAUCCAAGGACCAGCUGGACGAAACGCCUUUAGUCCAGCGACCCAAGGGGGAACUGGUGCCGCACUGCAAGGACAAGAACUGUUCCCGGGCUCCGCUGAUCCCGCCGCACUGCCAGAAGCGUUACAACGACGAGUUCAUCUACGAGCCGCGUCCGGCCAAGAAGUCAUCGUGCAAGUGCAAGUGCAAGCAGCGCCAGCCCAAGCCUUGUCCCAAGGAGAAGCGCAAGUGCCCCCCACCCAAGGACUUGCCGCAAAAGGAGAAGGUGUGCCGAUGCCCGGGUGGGCCAAGAUGA